UAUGGCAAAUUUUGAAUUUUAUUCCAUAGCUUAUUAUACCACAAUUUAUGGUGUUAAGUAAUGGUUUAGGAACAUAAAAAUAAUUUUGUAAAAUAAGUUUACAUUGCAGCCGCAACCUGCUGUGAUAAGAUCAUUAUGGUGUGCUUGAUUCAAGUUAGUUGGUGAAAAUGAAAGUGCAAAUAGAAAGCAGAAAGUACUUGAAACUUUGAAAAGCAAAAAUAAUUGUAAACAGCUAAAAAAGACAGAAGUCAGUAACAGUAAAGUGUAAAGACUCAGUAAAGAGUACUGACAGUAAAGAUUAAAAGAAUAACAUUAAAUUCAACUUCAAAAACUUUAAUAUUACUAGUAGUGAUACAAAUAGUAGUUAAUUAAUAUUAGUUAGUAAGUCACAUGUCACUGACUUUCACUUUCACUCAAUUACAAUCUGAGAUCUGAAUUGAAGUCUUAAGUCAAGUCGCCGAGUGUGAGCUGUGACUCACUACUGUGAGUAGUGUGAGCACCCCAGUGCCAUUUCACUCAAGGCAAGUUGACUCAAGGGGCCACGGCUACAGCAGUGCCUACAGUUCAGGCUGAGGUCAGCAGUGACACAACAAAUAUCAAUCUCAGCAAUGUUAAUUUUAUAUGCCUAAAUUCUUUUUCUAAAAUAUUGUUACAGUCCUUAGGGAAGGAUUAUCUUAAGUUAUUGACUUAAGUACCUGUAACUGUAUCAUAAUACUGUAUCUGUUGACUAUACAGAUACUAUUUAUAACUAUAUUUAUUAAACUAUAUUGACAAUACAAUAAUAUAGUCAUAUAGUAUACCAGGGCUUAACUAGGUGCAGUUUUUUAUUCUGGGACCAGGUAUUUUGAGUAAUUACCAGGUGGAUCACAUUGUUACAAAAAAAUAAGUAUCUUAUCAUUUUCUAUAAUUUGUAGUGACAAAUGAAAUCUACUGACUACUCAGACUACUGCCCUAAGUCGCAGUGAGAGUGCAUUUCUUCAUAAAUUGUUUGUGUCAAGAAAUAACUCACUGAUGCUGAUAGGAACAGGCAGUUGCCGGACCUGGAACAAAAACCCAUCGACAGAGAAGAUACUGUCAUUCAUUUUAUAACAAACACCUACUUAGCAAUGUUCCCUUUAAGCUGCGCGGAUGCCCGGUUGUGCAGCUAUCUCAAAGAUGCCGCGCAGCAGUUUUGAGUAUCCGCGGAUAUGUAUGGACUGUAACACUUUGCAUGCAAACAAAUUGAUGCUGUAAAACUGUGCACACAACUGUAUGAUUUUGCUCCCAACCAGCAAAACUUAGAGGGAACAUGCUACUUAGGAAACAACAGUCGGAGUCUAACGACAAUAGCAAACUAUUUACUUGAGUUCUCACGUCACGCAUGAAAGCCUUUUUUUUACCCAAUACUAUUAAUAUAAAACAUGUGGAGUUGGGGGGAGGGUGGUUUCGAAAAGGAAGCAGGACACACCAGUAGAAAAAUAUAUAUAAGAGAUAGGCAUAUGCUUAUAUAUAUAACCAGUAGUCUUGAUGUAAAGAACUUACUCAAUCAAUAACUAAUUGACUUUGAAUAAAACCAUAACAAUAAAUUAUCAAUAAGAAGCCCGCCUAUGGCUAUGCAGGUGCCCUAUGCCUAUAGUGCUUAUAUUACUAUACUAUAAAUAGAGUUGUAAAUUGUAUAUUGAGUAUAAUGAAGGCCUAUAUCCUAAUAAUAUAAUAAUUAAUCUCUUAUAUAUUUUGCUUCUGGUAUGGCUGCUUCCAUUUCACAACCCUCCCCCCUACUCAACAUGUUUUAUAUUAAUAGUACUCAGUGAAAAUAAAAAAAAGCUUUCAAGCAGCUAGGGUCACGUGUGACAGUUGAGCUCAGGUAAAAAAGUUGAACUUUUUUCAAGGUGACAAUGGAUGUUAUGAAGGACUGUUUGCAGGACUAUUGUUGAAAUUCAACUUGAAUGCUGACAGGUAGGGUGUAAGACUGUCUGUAGGCCUAUUGUUUAAAGGCCGUCAUAUAUUAUAGAAAACGAGAAGUUAACUCUUUUUUUGUAACACUUGGACCUACCGGGUAUUUUCUCAAAAUGCCAGGUCCUGGUUGUAAUAAGCCUGCACUAGUUUAAGCCCUUUAUUACCGGUAUAUAAAAUAAAAGUUAACUCUUUUUUUUGUAACACUUAGACUUAGACCCACUGGGUAUUUCUCAAAAUAUCCAGACCCGGUGUAAAAAAAAAAAGCCACCCGGAUAAACCCUAGUAGUAUAUAAUAGGCCAUAACUUUACUGUCAUAGGAUAUAGUCUAUAGUUUAGCACUAGGCUGUUGCACACUAACACAGAGAUGGGCUGGCAACGAGGAUCUCUUGUAAUGGAAGCUAAACCCUAUGCCCAUGUCAUAUGUCAAAAGUAUAAAGAUGACAGAUGCAAUUUUUGCUUUACCAGGUAUGUAGCAAUCAUGUACCAUUAUUAUGACAUCACAUCAUCAUAAUAUCUUCAAUAAAUCUUAUUUUUAUUUAAAUAAGUCAGUAAGACUAAAUUUAAUUCAUUAUUCAUAAACAUUGACAAAAAGUCCUCAUUGCUGUCGCCGAUUGGUGUUUAAGACAAUAUCAUUUAGACUUAAAAACAAUUCUGUUUACCUUUGUUUCUCCAAGUUGGAUGUGCUACUUCAUCAAUUUUCUUACAAUAGCUCUCUGAUUCAUGGAGGCAUUUUUUGGGGAAAACUACUGAUGAAGACAUUACUUUAUAAUAUGGGGCAGUCCAUUAAAAAUGUUAUCAAAAUAGGGGGGAGUGGGGCUGUAAACACUUUUGACAAUUAGUGACAAGGGAGAGGAAGGAGUUAACAGAAACUGGCAUCAACAAUUCUAUUUUUCUUUGAUGUAAUUGUAUGCAUAUAAAUAAAUAAAUAUAUAGAUAAAUAUAUGGCAUCCUUCCGUCUUUGCGAGACGAUGGAGACGAUAGACACUUCAUAAAUGGCUUACUAGGCAGAUCAUGGAAUGGCAGUCUCGGCUGCAUUUCUCCCAGGAGAUCCUUGACUCCUAGUUCAAUUUGGCCUUUGGUAAUGCUCUUUUUGUUGCAAGGGCGUUCAUUUGUGCAUCUUAUGCCUUUUUUACUUCUUCAUACUCUGCUGUUCGUAAGCCCAAACGGUGCUCAGUGAUAAUCUCCCAUUCGUUGAUUUCUAUGUUGGCUUCCCUCAUGCAACUAGUUCCUGCCGAUUUUUUAUCUUAAGCCCUAAAAAAUAUUUGGAUCUAUUUAUAUUUUUAUAGUCUUUGGGGGAGGGGUGGGUUAAAAAAAUUAUUAACAUAAUUAAUUAUGGGGAGGUCCUUGAAAUUUUGACAGCUUUUGAAAACAGGGAAAUUGGGGGGGGGGGGGAAUAUUGCUAAUAAUUGUUGAUAUAAUUAAUGGAUAGCCCCUAUUCUGUUCUUGGUGUGGAUGUUCAGGUUUGUUUAUCUCUUUUUGGAUAUCAGCACUUCAAAAGGCUGGUUAGUCUUAAUUUCAGUGGUCGUGAGGGUAAUUGUUAAAUAUUGCUAAUAAUUGUUGAUAUAAUUAAUGGAUAGCCCCUAUUCUGUUCUUGGUGUGGAUGUUCAGGUUUGUUUAUCUCUUUUUGGAUAUCAGCACUUCAAAAGGCUGGUUUGGAUAGUGUGAAUUUUUUUUCCACAAUCACUAUUCAUUUGCCAUUUUUACCAUGUACCCUAGGUACCACUAGAAUCUAUCACAUCUUCUAGUGGGUUUUGGUCAGGGUUGCCAAAUAAAAUAAUAAAAUUAACGGACAAAUAUGCAAAUCACCACAUUUUUAAAGAUAAGCAAUUGUUUUUUAGGUACAUUUUAAAAAAUAAGCUAACGAAGCUUACAAAAAUUCAAACUCCUUACCAUUACUGUUUAAUGAAUUGAAUAUGUGUGUGUCAGUUAUUGUCAUCUUGACAUUGUAAUUAAACAUUAUUUUAUUGUAUAUCAUUCUCAUCAGUAUUGUAUUUCUCCUUAUUGUGAUCAUACAUCUUUAAAACAAGCAAGAGAAAAUCCCUACCGGGUAUAUUUGAGAUGUCCUGUUUUGUUUAUUUUAAAAAACAUUUGAACAGUCUUUUUUUUUUUGUAAGGACCUCUUAAAGUUUCCACUGACUUCAACAGACAGGCUAUUUUAGGUCAAAUUUUAAGGAUUGUCAGUGAAUUUACAGACUGUUGCCAACCCAGGUUGUUUGUUUACUGUGUGACAGUGUCGUAUUUUAGCUCAUAACCUUCAUUACCCCAGCCUAGAAUCUGAGAGACAUAUAAUAUGGAGAUUGUUUCUAUUUCUGUGUUACUGGCAGUUUGACCUAGACAACUUGAUGAAUAGUCAUCAUAUUGAUUCAUUACAUUUUUAUUAAUAAAAUUUGGUUGAGCAUAAGAAAAUUAUGAAUGAGAUUGCGGCAUGGGAAUUCACACACAUUACUUUUUGUUGGGAGCACACCUGGAGCGUUUUUCAUAACUUUCCUAAGCCAUUAAGUGGGCUGCUACCCUCUGAGCCUACCAAUAAUGGGAUAAGAUAAGAUUCUUUCAUUGAUCCAUGUAAAUGGAAAUAAUUUUUUGAUUACAAUGUACAAAUUAAUUUUCAGCACAUAGAUAAAUAUUCUUACCAAGACAACAUUUUUAAACUAAAACAAUUUAAACACAAGACAACAUUUUUAAACUAAAACAAUUUAAACACAAGACAACAUUUUUAAACUAAAACAAUUUAAACACAAGACAACAUUUUUAAACUAAAACAAUUUAAACACAAGACAACAUUUUUAAACUAAAACAAUUUAAACACAAGACAACAUUUUUAAACUAAAACAAUUUAAACACAAGACAACAUUUUUAAACUAAAACAAUUUAAACACAAGACAACAUUUUUAAACUAAAACAAUUUAAACACAAGACAACAUUUUUAAACUAAAACAAUUUAAACACAAGACAACAUUUUUAAACUAAAACAAUUUAAACACAAGACCUAGAAAAAUUAACAAUGUUACCAAGAAGGUUCAAAAUGUCACACAUUAUGAUUAUUUAGAAGUUGAGUUUAUUAAUAGCAUGUUUGCUACAUACUAGACACACAUUGGUCAAUAGUUAUGAAUCUUCCAAGUUGGAAUAGGUUCAGAUGUGUACUUUAUUGAUUACGCAAUCUAAGGUGUUUUUUUUUAAAGCUAAAUUGUUGCAGUUACUUUCUCUUUUUUGCAGUUACUUUCUCUUGUUUGCAGUUACUUUCUCUUGUUUGAAGUUACUUUCACUUUCAGUUGAUCUCAUUUUACCUUAGAAAUUAAAAAAACAAAAAGCAAUUAUGUAGAUAUUCUCCUAAAUCUAUUAAAACAUACUAAAAAAUAAAACUACAAGAUACAGGCCGAUAACACAAUCAUUCAUUAUUCCUACCAUAAAUUAAAUAUCUCCAUAGGAAAUUAAUUGUAAAAAAUUUCCAGGUGCCUAAUUAUUUUCCGUGAGGCUUUCAACUGGAGCCUUAUUUUAUUUGGUAGAUACAACAUAAACAUUGUAUUGAAUUUAUUAUUCAUUCCUAUAAUUUCAGUAGGUGUAAAAAAAAAAAAAUCAUUUUUACUUUUUAUUCAUCUUUCAGUUUUCUUGGAUUUGAAUAAUUUGAUAAAGGAUUUGUUUUAUAUUAAAUUAUAUUAAAUUUAAAAAAUGGGGAUGGGAGCGUUUCGUAAUAAAAUUAUUCUCUCAAGGCAAUAAUCUUAAAUGCUAGCAAUAUUAUCAUUAUGCCAAAUGAUAUGCUGCAACCUGUUGGAAAUAAAAUUAGUUCAUUCCUUUUUAUACUUAGCGCCUCACAGAUUACUUGUCGAUUAAAAUCAAAGAAAAGUUUGUAAAGUGAAAAUAAAAACAAGUGUAAUGAAACAUUGAACCUAAUGGCUUCUCCAUUUAAAAAAAUGCAUGGGAUUUUAACAAAACACAAUUUAAAAAUGGCCUCAACAUUCAGAUUAAUCAAAAUUUAAUUAAUAUUGCACACAACUCUGAACUAUCACAAGCCAGUUACAAGUGAAAUACAAAAAAGUAUUUAUAAAUUUAUUUUUCUUAGAAAUGAGAUAUGUGAUCAUGCUAAAAUAGAAUGGAUACAAACGCUAUAAAAGUAUUCAAUGUCUAUCUGUAGUUUGUAAAAUCUAAUCAAUUAAUGACAGACAGAUAACAUUCACAACCUUCCUUUUAAAACUGAUGGACAUUCCUAAAGCAUUUGAUAAGCACUGGAGUGUUUGAAGUGAUGAUAGCAGUUUACUGUAAUGAGAUAUAAUGUAAAUAUCUCAUUUCUGCUGUUACGUUGAUGUUUAAAUAAGUCUAGAAUCAAAGCACAUUAAAAGACAUACACAAUUGUAACAGAUUUAUGUAGAUGCUUGACUGCUUAACUAUUUAUAACAAUCUUUUUCUUUUAGUGUCAGCAUCCCAACACCUGGUUCAGACCAUUUUGACCAAUGGUUAGGAUAUAGUUGUAGGAUCCUAACACCUGGUUCAGACCUUUUUGACCAAUGGUUAGGAUAUAGUUGUAGCAUCCCAACACCUGGUUCAGACCUUUUUGACCAAUGGUUAGGAUAUAGUUUUAGGAUCCUAACACCUGGUUCAGACCAUUUUGACCAAGGGCUAGGCUAUAGUUGUAGGAUGCUAACACCUGGUUCAGACCAUUUUGACCAAUAUAGUUCUUUCACUUUGCAUACAUAUCUAUGCAUGGUAAUGAAUUUCUUCAAAGAUGAUUUAUUUAAAUAUGAUUGUCAAUAAAUUUUUUUCAACAGCCUUGUUCUUGAACUCUGGUAUCAUAUGGAUGGAGUAUUAGACCUUAUAUCCACAUAAUUCAACUAUAUGAAUAUUAUAUGGAUGGAGUAUUAGACCUUAUAUCCACAUAAUUCAACUAUAUGAAUAUUAUAUGGAUGGAGUAUUAGACCUUAUAUCCACAUAAUUCAACUAUAUGAAUUUUAUAUGGAUGGAGUAUUAGACCUAUUAUCCCUAUAAAUCAACUAUUUGAACACAUAAUCUUGAAUGAUUGAGAUUGUACAAGUAAAUAACUAUUUCAACCAAUUAAAUUUACUUUACACGUCCAAAAAGUUGUGGUCUGAGGUAUCUCCAAGAAAUAAAUACUAUGAUAGUAAAUGAAUCUCUUCACUAGUAGUUGUACUUACUAAUCUAUUAUUAUUAUAAUAGUAUAUGAAUCUCUUCCACAGUAGUUUUACUUACUUAUCUUUUAUAAUAGUAAACGAAUCUCUUCAACACUAGUUUUACUCACUAAUAUAUUGUAAUAGGUAAAUGAAUCUUUUCAACCGUAGCUUUACUUACUAAUCUUUUAUAAUAGUCAAUGGAUCACUUCAACAGUAGUUAUUUUUACUAAUCUAUAAUCAAACUGACACAAUCUUGUGUGGACCACUACUAAUUUUAUAAAUACCCGGUACCGAUAUUCAUCAUAUUUGUUUGAAUCUUAUUGUUGCAUAUUUUCUUAUUCCGGUAUAAUGUUUUUCUACAAGUGUGGAAGAAAAACUCCUGAAGUGUGGUGCUUGCAAAAAACUGAUGUAUUGCGGUGUGGCGUGCCAGGUAAUUUAACUGUUCUUUCUUACUUCUAAAAUUAUUUGCUGCCCUAAAAUAUUUGUUUAUCAUUUAUCUUAAAAAAAUAAGACACUUGGCUGAACGUCUGAACUAUUUUCAUAAUUUCUUAUUUUUCCGGGAAGCCUUGGGUUUGAUUCUGCUCUUGUUAAAUUUUGUAAAAGGACAUUAACCAUCUUAAAACUAAAGUAUUUCCAAACACAGAUAAAAUGGUGCUCUACUUUUCAGAAAGCAGACUGGAGGAUUCAUAAAACUGAAUGCAAAGUUAUGAAACGAGUCCCAGACACUCCAACUGACAGUAUCCGUCUCUACCUCAGGCUCAUAAUUCGUUAUCUGGUAACUGAGAAACAUGAUCUUCUUUACUUUAACCGUUCCAUUACUGCUGGUUUUGGGCUUCGAUUUUUGCUGACUCAGCAAUUAAAAAACUUGAGAUGAAACUUUCGGUAUAUUUUCAUUUUCUUUCGGAUUCGCUUAUUAACUUCUCUAUAAAUUAACGAAUAAAGAAAUAUAUAGCAUUGAAAUAUGACGUCGACGUGACGUCCUUGGUAUCUCAGAAAAGUUCUUUGCCUCUUUGUUAUGACGACAAUGUGACGUCCUUGUGGUAAAUGAAAGUGGGUGAUCGUGACGUCCUGUCGACGUCAGCGGUAACGAAAAGGUUAAAUGUGGUUUUUAUAACUGAGAAGAGACAUGUGAUCCAUUUUGCUCUUUUGUUCAUUUGUAUGUUGAUAUAUCACAUCAUUUUUGCAUUGCAUCAUAUUUUGCACUCAUUUAAUUCAGUACAUCAGCUACACUUUGUUAAUUUUGUUUAAGUUAACUUAAAUUUUUAUUAAACUUAUGAUGUCUCCUUUAACAUUUCACUGCCCUUGGCAUGUGUAUUGCAGAGGCGGGCCAGACCUGGUGCAGACACUGGUUUCAAUAUGAAUCCACUUGUUCUGUGUUUGACUGACAAAGCCAUCAAACUGGUCUUGUAAGCAUAGCGUAACAACAUUUCAUUAAUUUGUACUUUUGGUUUCAUCCUUAGGCUGGUGCCGCUAGUGAAAAGCAUCCGAAAGAUGAAUCUCCUUGUUUGCGCAGUUUUACUGAUUUGAUGUCUCGUAAGUUCUUUAUUGCAUACAGUAGAUUCCGUUUCUUUGGAACACUGCAGGUUUUUUAAACCCAAUUAAAGUGGUCCUUCAAUUAUGUAUAAAAAACUUGAACUAAGUCAGCUUGAAAUAUCUGAUUGUCCAUUGAACAAGAGAAACAUUCUUACUUAAAUACUGGAACAAAUGGUACUGAUUGCAUUGAAAUGUUCAAUGUUGUAAUUUAUUUCAUAAUCCCUGAUUAGUUCUUUUGAUCCACUUGCACUGGAAUCUAAUGCAUUUGUUUUAGACCUUCCUUAAACAGUAACAACUUAAACAGUUACCAGUACAAGGUUUUAGUUAGACGAAUUCCCUGUCUUAGAGGUUAGUCACCUGCUACAUCACAUGAGUGUCAUUCUCUUAUCAGACAUGCUCCAUCACAGGAGUGUCAUUCUCUUAUCAGACAUGCUACAUCACAUGAGUGUCAUUCUCUUAUCAGACCUGCUCCAUCACAGGAGUGCCAUUCUCUUAUCAGACCUGCUUCAUCACAGGAGUGUCAUUCUCUUAUCAGACCUGCUACAUCACAGAAGUGUCAUUCUCUUAUUAGACCUGCUACAUCACAGGAGUGUCAUUCUCUUAUCAGACCUGCUACAUUACAGGAGUGACAUUCUCUUAUCAGACCUGAUACAUCACAGGAGUGUCAUUCUCUUAUCAGACUUGCUACAUCACAGGAGUGACAUUCUCUUAUCAGACCUGCUACAUCACAGGAGUGACAUUCUCUUAUCAGACCUGCUCCAUCACAUGAGUGUCAUUCUCUUAUCAGACCUGCUACAUUACAGGAGUGACAUUCUCUUAUUAGACCUGCUCCAUCACAGGAGUGUCAUUCUCUUAUCAGACCUGCUCCAUCACAGGAGUGUCAUUCUCUUAUCAGACCUGCUACAUCACAGGAGUGCCAUUCUCUUAUCAGACCUGCUACAUCACAGGAGUGUCAUUCUCUUAUCAGACCUGCUCCAUCACAGGAGUGCCAUUCUCUUAUCAGACCUGCUCCAUCACAGGAGUGACAUUCUCUUAUCAGACCUGCUACAUCACAGGAGUGACAUUCUCUUAUCAGACCUCCUCAAUUACAGGACUGUCAUUCUCUUAUCAGACCUGCUACAUCACAGGAGUGUCAUUCUCUUAUCAGACCUGCUCAAUCACAGGACUGUCAUUCUCUUAUCAGACCUGCUACAUCACAGGUGUGUCAUUCUCUUAUCAGACCUGCUCCAUCACAGGAGUGUCAUUCUCUUAUCAGACCUGCUACAUCACAGGAGUGUCAUUCUCUUAUCAGACCUGCUACAUCACAGGAGUGACAUUCUCUUAUCAGACCUGCUACAUCACAGGAGUGUCAUUCUCUUAUCAGACCUGCUACAUUACAGGAGUGACAUUCUCUUAUCAGACCUGCUACAUCACAGGAGUGUCAUUCUCUUAUCAGACCUGCUACAUCACAGGAGUGACAUUCUCUUAUCAGACCUGCUACAUCACAGGAGUGUCAUUCUCUUAUCAGACCUGCUACAUCACAGGAGUGACAUUCUCUUAUCAGACCUGCUACAUCACAGGAGUGUCAUUCUCUUAUCAGACCUGCUACAUCACAGGAGUGACAUUCUCUUAUCAGACCUGCUACAUCACAGGAGUGUCAUUCUCUUAUCAGACCUGCUACAUCACAGGAGUGACAUUCUCUUAUCAGACCUGCUACAUCACAGGAGUGUCAUUCUCUUAUCAGACCUGCUACAUCACAGGAGUGACAUUCUCUUAUCAGACCUGCUACAUCACAGGAGUGUCAUUCUCUUAUCAGACCUGCUACAUCACAGGAGUGACAUUCUCUUAUCAGACCUGCUACAUCACAGGAGUGUCAUUCUCUUAUCAGACCUGCUACAUCACAGGAGUGACAUUCUCUUAUCAGACCUGCUACAUCACAGGAGUGUCAUUCUCUUAUCAGACCUGCUACAUCACAGGAGUGACAUUCUCUUAUCAGACCUGCUACAUCACAGGAGUGUCAUUCUCUUAUCAGACCUGCUACAUCACAGGAGUGACAUUCUCUUAUCAGACCUGCUACAUCACAGGAGUGACAUUCUCUUAUCAGACCUGCUCCAUCACAGGAGUGUCAUUCUCUUAUCAGACCUGCUACAUCACAGGAGUGACAUUCUCUUAUUAGACCUGCUACAUCACAGGAGUGUCAUUCUCUUAUCAGACCUGCUACAUUACAGGAGUGACAUUCUCUUAUCAGACCUGAUACAUCACAGGAGUGUCAUUCUCUUAUCAGACCUGCUACAUCACAGGAGUGACAUUCUCUUAUCAGACCUGCUACAUCACAGGAGUGACAUUCUCUUAUCAGACCUACUACAUCACAGGAGUGUCAUUCUCUUAUCAGACCUGCUCCAUCACAGGUGUGCCAUUCUCUUAUCAGACCUGCUCCAUCACAGGAGUGCCAUUCUCUUAUCAGACCUGCUACAUCACAAGAGUGACAUUCUCUUAUCAGACCUGCUCCAUCACAGGAGUGCCAUUCUCUUAUCAGACCUGCUCCAUAACAGGAGUGACAUUCUCUUAUCAGACCUGCUACAUCACAGGAGUGACAUUCUCUUAUCAGACCUCCUCAAUUACAGGACUGUCAUUCUCUUAUCAGACCUGCUACAUCACAGGAGUGACAUUCUCUUAUCAGACCUGCUCAAUCACAGGACUGUCAUUCUCUUAUCAGACCUGCUCCAUCACAGGUGUGUCAUUCUCUUAUCAGACCUGCUCCAUCACAGGAGUGUCAUUCUCUUAUCAGACCUGCUACAUCACAGGAGUGUCAUUCUCUUAUCAGACCUGCUACAUCACAGGAGUGUCAUUCUCUUAUCAGAGAUGCUACAUUACAGGAGUGUCAUUCUCUUAUCGGACCUGCUACAUCACAGGAGUGUCAUUCUCUCAUCAGACCUGCUGCAUCACAGGAGUGACAUUCUCUUAUCAGAGCUGCUACAUCACAGGAGUGUCAUUCUCUCAUCAGACCUGCUACAUCACAGGAGUGUCAUUCUCUCAUCUGACCUGCUACAUCACAGGAGUGUCAUUCUCUUAUCUUCUGAUUUCAUCUACUGCUUUGAUGCAAUUUUAUUUAAAAUGUUCAUGGUAAAGUCAUCUGCAUAUUUCAUUAUUGGACAUGUUCUACCUGUAAAGAUAGCAUUCAUUAGUCUGUAUGUUUUCUAUUAAACCUUUCAUCAUAAGUUGCAUUGAAUUAUGAAUAAUCAUGAUGUUGGAAAGUUUCAAUAAUCAAAAAAGAUAUGCAUUAUUAUGACAACUAUUUUUGUCUGUUAAAGGUAAUCAUUUGCAUCAUAUGAACUCAUCACCUCAAUAUUAACUCAUCACCUCAAUAUGAACUCAUCACCUCAAUAUGAACUCAUCACCUCAAUAUUAACUCAUCACCUCAAUAUUAACUCAUCACCUCAAUAUUAACUCAUCACCUCAAUAUGAACUCAUCACCUCAAUAUUAACUCAUCACCUCAAUAUUAACUCAUCACCUCAAUAUGAACUCAUCACCUCAAUAUGAACUCAUCACCUCAAUAUUAACUCAUCACCUCAUUAUUAACUCAUCACCUCAAUGCAUUUAUUUAGUUAAUAUGAUUUCCCUUUAUUGAUUUUUUAUUCAGAUUCAGAGAGAAUAAAAAAUGACCCAACAAGGUCAGGAUUGUUUCGAGUAGCUGCUGACUUUGUGCGAGGUUACACCCAUGGCAUCUUGCAGGUUCCAAAUGAUGAUGUGCUGCUUGAGAUCUUUGGAAAGGUAUCAAUAGCGUUGUAAAUAUAGAACUGGCCUAUCAUGACCUACUAAUUAAGUUCAAUACUCUAGGGGGUCGAGAUUCAAUCUCUUAGGACCCCGGUCACGAUUUUUGCGGCGCGCCUCAUCUGCUGGGCGCUACUACUGCCUGGUCAGCACAGCUUGUUUCAUUAGGGUUUUAAAUAUUGAACUACCUAUCAUGACCUACUGCACUGGUCAGCACAGCCUGUUUCAAUUUUCAAUAGGUUUGUAAAUAUAGAACUGGCCUACCCGCCUCUUAUCAUGACCUACUGCACUGGUCAACACAGCCUGUUUCAAUAGGGUCUCAAAUAGAGAACUACCUUAUCAUGACCUACUGUACUGUUCAGUACGGCCUGUUUCAAUAUGGUUGUAAAUAUAUAACUGUCCUAUCAUGACCUGCUGCACUUGUCAGCAGAGCUUGUUUCAAUAGGGUUGUAAAUAUUGAACCUCUUUAUCAUGAACUGCACUGGUCAGCACAGUGUGUUUCAAUAGGGUUUUAAAUAUUGAAAUACCUAUUAUGACCUACUGCACUGGUCAGCACAGCCUGUUCCGAUAGGUUUGUAAAUAUUUAAAUACCUAUCAUGACCUACUGCACUGGUCAGCACAGCCUGUUUCAAUAGGGUUAUAAAAAUUGAACUGGUAGGCACAGUUUGAAAAGUGGUAAGAUUUGAAAAGUAGUAAUAUUGCCUGGAAUUGUCUCUGCACUGUUUAACGUUAAAAAACCCAUGGAUGAGUUGACUAUUGAUUAGGAAUAUUUCACACCAACAACCUCCUAAUAUGAAUUAAAGAUAAAUGUUUCCAUUGAUUGCAGAUGGUCAUCAACACUUUCACAAUAGCUGAUGAAUUACUGCAGGAUGUUGGUGUGGCUGUCUAUACAAGGUAUCAGCAUUAGAAAAAUUUCAUAAGAAAACUUGUCAAAACUUAAGAAUUGAUGGAAAAUCUAUUGUAAAUUACUUUUUUUUUUGGCCAUAAUAUCCUUGUAUGAAAAAAACCCACAAUUCUUAAAAUUGUAUGCAUCGUUGCCAUACUAAUUUUGUUUCUUGUGGUUCUUAAAACUUGUUAAUUCAAACAUGUUUUUUUUUUUUAAUGACAACAGUCCUUCCAUAUUGGAUCAUCGCUGUUGGGGUAAUGCCGUGGCGUCGUUUGAUGGUAUAAAAAUCAGAGUGAGAGCAGUUGAUGCCAUACAUAGUGAUUCACUGUCUGAUGUAAGUCACUUUGUUUUCUUACAUUUGUUAAACUUCUUCACAGCCCAUUGAUUUCAUCUCUGUUAACUUCUUCACAGCCCAUUGAUUUCAUCUCUGUUAACUUCUUCACAGCCCAUUGAUUUCAUCUCUGUUAACUUCUUCACAGCCCAUUGAUUUCAUCUCUGUUAACUUCUUCACAGCCCAUUGAUUUCAUCUCUGUUAACUUCUUCACAGCCCAUUGAUUUCAUCUCUGUUAACUUCUUCACAGCCCAUUGAUUUCAUCUCUGUUAACUUCUUCACAGCCCAUNAUGGUGUGUUAUUUCUCUGUCCCAAAUUUUGCCAAGGGAUUAUUUGCCCCAAAACAUGGGAAAAGGACAAAGUAUUUAUUCAUAUGAAUCAAAAAAAAAAUACCAAAAAAAAAAAAAAAAAAACAACAAAACAACAUUGAUUAAAAUUCAAAAUGACCAAAUUUGAAAUUCCUUCAUGAUAUCUAGUCAUUUCUAAUACAUAAGCAAUUGCCAUUAAAUAAUUGAUAUGAGUUAUGACUUAUCCCUAAGCUCAGCUCUAUAAUAAAUGGACUGCAUGCAUGCAAAUGAUACUUCAUUUAAAAGUAUACUAAAUGAAUCAAAUCCAGUUGCAUAUAUAAACACAUAUAUUUGUUUGUUAACUAUUCCUGUAGACAGGAUCUGAUUAGUGUAUCUUAAUUUUACCGCUUGGCACCCCAAUACUAGAAUGUCCAACGAAAGCAGCGCACUUUCUGAUUUGAUUGCUUCAUUAUACAACCAACUAUGAUUUUUUAAGUUGUUUGAUUGACUGAUUUUUAUUUCACAUCUUUGAUUCGCAGGUGUUCCUCAGCUACGUGGACCCGGUGGCUACAAUAGCGGAGAGACAGGCGCAGCUACAGCAGCAGUAUUACUUUACCUGUGAAUGUGGCAGGUGCCAGAACAAGGAGGCUGUAAGUGCAUUUCUAAAUCUAUAGUAAAGUCAUUUACCAUUCAGUCAAUAAUCUGGCAAUGCUUAACAUGAAUGUUGAAUCUUUUUUUGUGUUGUUGGUACAAUCAUAAUAGGAUUAAUUAUAUUUUGUCUUCUAAAUUACUGUUCAUAAUUUUUUUUGGUAUUCUCUUUAUUCAUUAGUUUAUGAUCACAUUUUAAAAUAAAAAAACAGACAAUUUGAUUCAUAGUUACAAAGAUUUUUAAAAGAACUACAUUUUAUAUUGUUUUCAAGAGAAAAAAUAAAAAUAAUAAGCAUUUUUCAAAUUUUUCAAUACAAAAUCGAACUGGUCAAAAAUCAUGUUCUGCCCAGGUUGGCACUAACUCUUAAUUGUGCAGCUAAUUUCUUAAUUAUAUUUUGGCAUUGUAAAAAUGAAUAAAGUUUUUAAAAUCAUUGUUUUUUUCCCCAUCUUGAGGUUAGAAAUAAAAAUAAUGUUGAAAAGCUUUGCUUAAAAUAUGUUGCUAAAACAUGUUGAGUUAAAAAUUGAGUUCAGAGCUUAUUAGAAUAAUGUUCAAUUGCAGGAUGAAAAAAUGUGCUCAAUAGAAGGAAGCAAUGAAGGUAAGCUGUUCUGUGUUGAUUUCAAUUGUAUGCUGUAUAACAAGAAUACCAUUUUUGUUUAGGUUUCAUAGCAUUUUUUUUAGUGAAACUCAUAAGUCUUGAGCAUUCAUUUAUGCAGAGAAUUUUGAAAUGUUUAAUUUUUAAUUUUCUCGUCUAGUUUUUUUGCAAAAACCUUAUUGCACUCUUUCUUACAUACUUGUUAAAAAUUCAUUGUUAUAAUUUUAAAUUCUUUUCCUAAAAUCUCUGGCUUUUCUUACCCUUUGAGUCGUAGAAUCGUUCAAUAAUUUUCAAAAUAGAUAAAAAUUAAUAGUUUAGAAUGCAGUUGAAACUUAAUAUUAUAAAAAAAAAAAAAGAAAUGAAUAACUUCUAACACAUCAUUUUUAUUUUAUGUCAACUUUGACCUGAUUCAUAUGACUCUCUCCAGGGGACUUAACCAGAGUGAAAGAAUGCAUAGAUAAGGUGGAGGCCAUGAGGAAAGACAAAGGUUAGUUUUACUGUUAUAACGAAUGUAACUGAUGUUAUUCCCAAAAUGAAGGUCUGCUUGUUUUUAAUGUGUUAGUGCAACCAAAAUAUGCCAGAUCAACAGAAAAAGAUAACUUCAGAGGUUCUCUAAAGUCUGCAGUCUGAUGACUGUAUAGCUAUGUCUGAUGACUGUAUAGCUAUGUCUGAAGACUGUAUAGCUAUGUCUGAUGACUGUAUAGCUAUUAUUAUUUAAAUAUUUCCUUUUUUGUACUCUUGGUGUAUGAUGUUCUGUUCCUUAUUCUCUGACAACUCCAGCCAGUCCCAAAGAUAUCCUUGACGUGUGUGAGAAAUGCCUGAAUGAGACCAAGCUGCCAUUUGGCAAUGUGUACCUGGUCAGGCUCGUCGGGAAGGCAUUCGAUGCUGCCAUCGACUCUGAGCAGUGGGAGAACGCAUUGAUGUGGGGCAUUAAGAACUACAAAGCAUAUUCGUGAGUUGACAUUUAAAUUCAGUUUCAAAUCUACCUGAAUCUUGGAAUGGAUUCGAAUAUUUAUCAUCCAUCUCUGUGGCGCUGCAGCCCAUGUAAGGCUUUGGGCUACCUCUUCCAAUAUUAAUCCUUUCAUGUCAAUGCUCAAGGCUAAAAUAUUUUUUUUUAUAAGUAUAAGGCCAUGCUCUUAAGAAUAAUUGAAAUGUGCAACUACAGCUACUUAAUUUUAACAAUAUCUCCCUGCAUUUAUUACCACUUGCUUUAUCUAUGUAUAUAUAAGAAAUUCUGUUCCAUUUCUGAACUGUUACUUGCGUUGGCCAGUACUGAAGAUGAAGAACAUCUGGUCAAAUACACUUUAAUGAGCUUGAAAACAAAUGCUGAGGAAAUAAAUAAAAAAAAGAAUUGUUUUGUUAUAGUUAUAAUCUGUGUGUCGUUUCCUUUUAACUAACAAUUAAAUAUUUUGCCUGAUGGUAAAAAUCACAAUCCUCUACUGUGGUCAUCUGAUAUCUCAUCUGUGACAUGAUUAGUUGCAGCGGUUACAUUUUCAGGAGAUGAGAUCUUUGUUAUGAUUCUUUUGCCUGAGAAUGUCUUAGAAUCUUGAUGUCAUUUUCAUUAACAAAAUAUUUUGUUUUGGAGUGCGACCCUGGGUAACAUGAACAUAAUUGUAUUUUAUCCCAGCCUCAUGCACCCACCUUUCAAUCCAUGUGUUGGCUACCUGCUGGCUAACAUGGGCAAACUCCUCAUGUUGUUUGGGAGGCUGAAUGAAGCCAUGAUUCACCUAAGGAAGGUAGGUAAGGGUCAAACAAAGAGAUAAAUUCUUAGUUUUAAAUGCAGGGGAUAGUAAUUUGAUAUUAGAUAACUUCACAUUGUCACGGGGGGGGGGGGAGAAACUAUUUUUUUCACAUUGUCACGGGGGGGGGGGAGAAACUAUUUAUAUCUGUUUUAUCUGUUUCAUGUAGGCAUUAGAUAACUUCAAAUUGUCUCUGGGGGAAACCCACUAUUUAUAUUUGUUACAUCUUUCCUGUAGGCUUUAGAUAACUUUACAGUGUCACUGGGGGACAGCCACUAUUUGUACAAACAGGUCACAGGCAUGAUGGCCCAAUGUCAGGCUGAACUGGACCAUGAGGAGCAGCAGGGUACUGCGCUACAGUUCUGAACUUGUGGACACCAGCUUAAACAUGCUCAAAUUUGUCUGGUGAUGAAUUUUUUUUUGGUUCAAAGGGAAGGAUGCAUGGGUGGUAGAUACAAAAAUGAAUGAUCAAUGAGAAAGAGAUUCUAUUUUAUAUUUGUUAAAAAAAUUGGGCUUCAACUGUAUUUAUAUUCUGAUGAAUCUCGUUGCCCAAAACUCAUUAAUCAGUAAUUUUUUAAAAAAUGAGAGAGACUGGACACACUACCUUUAAAUUAAUUGAGGUUUUAUUACCGUUACAAUCUGAAAAUUUAUAAGAGUUUAUUGUUGAUAUAUACAACUUUGUAAAAUCUUGCAUUUGGAGGAAAGUGUUAACUACAAAGUUUUUUUUUCCAAGAGGACUAAUGAUCUGUUCAUAUAUUUUUAGACUUUGGGUAAGUUAGUGCAACUUACUUGUACAAUGAGAAUGCUAGUGUUGAUGGAUUCAUUUUUAGUGUACAUGUCCAUGUAAGUUUUCUAAAGGAAGCUUUGAUUUAUAAGAAGAAUGUUGUUUUUAUGAAGAGCAUGCUGUUGCUCUUCAGGUGAGAUUUAUACCAGAAAGUUUUGUCACACAUAUCUAGAGUGAGACAUGAUUUCUUAAAUGUGACAUGAAUAUUUUUGUAUAAAGAAAUCAACAAGACAUGUUAACACUUGAAAACUUUUAUAUAAAGAAAUAAACAAG